AUGGGCAUCGUGACGGGCACGUUGCGGGGCUUCAGCCAGAGCUUGCCGCACCUGCUGGUCCCUCACUUGGCGCUGCUGCUGCUGGUGUGCUUGGCGGCUGUGCUGGAGCAGCUGGAGGGCGAGCUGCACGCUGCCCUGCCCGCCGCCCUGGCCUCGGACAACGGGGCACAUCGCGUGGUGCACACCACCUGGGAGCUCUGCAGGGACGGGCCGAUGGAGCGGCUGUUGCUCGGCAACAACGUUGAACUGCUCCAGGCAUCACAGCCGGGCUGGCUUGUAAUGGUAAUAUCUGGUUCUCAAAGGUUCUGUGGAACAAACUCAAUGUUGCUCAAAACACUGACUUCAUCCGCCUCUGACCGCCCCUACAGCCACGCUCUGGUGGCUGGCAUCGAUCGCUAUCCACACAAAGUGACAGCAAGCAUGGGCAAGAAGAAGAUUGCCAAGCGUUCAAAGAUCAAGUCCUUUGCGAAGGUCUACAGUUACAAACACUUGAUGCCUACCAGGUACUCCGUUGAUAUUCCCCUUGACAAGACCAUUGUCAACAAGGAUGUCUUUAGGGGCCCUGUGCUGAAAUGUAAAGCACGGCUGGAGGCCAAAGUGAAAUUUGAGGAGAGAUACAAGACAGGCAAGAACAAGUGGUUUUUCCAGAAGCUCAGAUUCUGAGUGGCAUGCAUUU